CAGAACACCUGAGACACCUGACAGUGGGUGGAUUCCUGGUUUUGCUGGUCUGGUGUUCGGGUUCCAACUGGUUAGAUGUCAGACGUGAUGUCAGAGUUAUUCUCCUAAAAAGACGGCGGUGACUCUGACGCUCGCUUUUAAAGCGCUGCAGAGGACGAAGGGCGAAACAACAACAGGAAAUGUAUCUGUUGUUUCCUCUGACCAGCUUCCUGUUUCCUGCAGGUUCGCUCCGUCAGGAUUCCUCAGAUCGGAGACAAGUUCGCCAGCCGUCAUGGACAGAAGGGAACCUGUGGGAUCCAGUACAGACAGGAGGACAUGCCGUUCACCUGUGAGGGAAUCACACCUGACAUCAUCAUCAACCCGCACGCCAUCCCGUCCAGAAUGACAGUCGGCCAUCUGAUCGAGUGUCUGCAGGGGAAGGUUUCUGCGAACAAAGGUGAGAUCGGCGACGCUACGCCAUUUAACGACGCCGUCAACGUACAGAAAGUGUCGAACCUGCUGUCUGAAUACGGAUACCACCUGAGAGGAAAUGAGGUCCUCUAUAACGGGUUCACGGGGAGGAAGCUGACGUCUCAGAUCUUCAUCGGUCCCACUUAUUAUCAGCGUCUGAAGCACAUGGUGGAUGACAAGAUCCACUCGAGGGCCCGGGGCCCCGUCCAGAUCCUCAACAGACAGCCUAUGGAGGGCCGAUCACGUGAUGGCGGUCUACGUUUCGGGGAGAUGGAGCGUGACUGUCAGAUCGCUCACGGAGCGGCUCAGUUCCUCAGAGAGCGUCUGUUCGAGGCCUCUGAUCCGUAUCAAGUCCACGUCUGUAACCUGUGUGGGCUGAUGGCCAUCGCCAACACGAGGACGCACACGUACGAGUGUCGAGGCUGCCGCAACAAGACACAGGUAAACAUGACCAAUAACAG